CGGAAUAAUACCAGACGCUAUGUUCCAGCAGCAAGAGGCCAGUCAUCGUCAGCCAUUCGUCGUAACUUGACGUCUCUGUACUCGACGAGGAAGAAGAAAAAAAAAGUUGAAGCUCUUCGAGCUCCUGCUCGUAUUGCACAUCCAUUUGCUGGAUUAAAGUUCUUCACAAGGACAAAUUUUCAAAGGCAAUACAGGAUUCAUUUCCCUCUACUCGCCUCUUCGAAAAACUACUAUCUACUUCCAACACGCCGCAGUUGUUUAACUAUGCAGUUCAAGUGGCUUAUCGUCCUAGCCAUUACGGCCUGUCUGCUGUUGACUGUUGAAGCUCACGAAAAAAAGCGCAAAGUUACCAAAAAGGUUAAGAAGAUUGUGGACGGCAAAGAAGAGAAACCCGUUGAACAGUUGGACAUUCAAGACGCCAUCGAUGUUUUGCUUGAUGACGAAGUGGCCCUGAAGGAUAACCUUUGCGCCAAGAAACAUUGCGGCGCUGGAAAGGAGUGCCGCGUCAACGAAAAUGGUGUCGCCGAAUGUGUCUGCAUGGAUCACUGCCCCGAGGAGAAGGAUCCACGUCGCAUGAUUUGCAGCAAUCAAAAUGAAACAUGGAAUUCCGAUUGCGAACUCUACCGUAUGCGUUGCCUCUGCAAGUCCGGAUCGGCUGGAUGCGUCGAUCCCAAAUACGAUCACGCCCACGUCGAGUAUUUCGGUACCUGCCGUGACGUACCUCAAUGCACGCCGGAUGAGAUGGCUGAUUUCCCACGGCGGAUGCGCGAUUGGCUCUUUAACGUCAUGAGGGAUUUGGCCGAUCGUCACGACUUGAGUCCCCAUUUCCUCAAAUUGGAACGUGAAGCCGAAAAGGAUAACAGCCGUAGGUGGGCCAAUGCCGCCAUUUGGAAGUUCUGCGACUUGGAUGGCCAUCCCCAUGACAGGAAAGUGUCCCGCCAUGAAUUGUUCCCCAUUCGGGCCCCUCUUCUCGCUUUAGAGCAUUGCAUCCAGCCCUUCCUGGACGGCUGUGACGCAGACAACGAUCAUUUUAUCACGCUCCAAGAGUGGGGGAAAUGUCUGGAACUCACAGAGGAGGAGAUUGAAGACAAAUGCGAUGACGUCAGAGAUGAAAAUAGCUUGUAAAACAUUUUGUUUUACCAAGGGUCGCUACUUAAUUCUUACUAAUUUCUAUUGAUGUUUUUUUUUAAUUAAUGCUUUAAAAAAAAAAAAGACAAAUUUCCAGUGAAAUUCAAAGUUGCCUUGUUUUACAACAACCCCUGAAUAAAACUAUGAUAAACAAAUACCUGUGCAUGUUCUCAAACGCAUGGAACUGGUAUUCGUUUUUUUUCUCUCUUAAA